AUGGAAUGCAUGGAAGGAAUCGAAGAUUUGCAUAAUGUUGGAUUUAUUCAUCGCGACAUAAAGCCAUCGAAUUUUGCUAUGGGGCGAAAGCCGUCAGUCGCGCAUACUGUAUUCAUGCUUGAUUUCGGACUUGCCAGGCAGUACUGUACAUUUGACGAAAAGGGCAACGCAAAGCUACGUGAGCCACGCAGAACUGUUCCGUUUCGUGGAACUAUACGUUACUGUUCGGUGAGCGCACAUCGUCGGGACGAGCAAGGACGACACGACGAUUUAUGGUCCCUUUUCUAUAUGACUGCAGAAAUGAUUCUCGGCUCACUGCCUUGGUACAUUUUUCCGAAUAUUUCAAUUUUGAAGGUAAAUUUUCAAGAUUCAGAUUUUUUCGCGUGUUUAAAUUUGUUGCGAAGAAUGGAUCGGGAGCAUGCAGAAGCUUGCAAAAAAAGCUCUGAAAAAGAAUUGGUAUCACAGCUUCCUGUCGAGUUCCAUCUUUAUGUGAAGCAUCUAAAGAAACUGAAUUACAACCACAAACCAGAUUACAACUUGUUGUCGUCGCUGCUGAAACAAAUAAUGAAAAGGGCUAAUUACAACAUGUCAGAUCCCUACGACUGGGAGCCAAAUGGCGAACAUGCGCUAAAAUUCACUCAAUGGUUUGUUUCUAUUUUUUUAGCUUUAUUUUAA